ACUUGCUUGAUCUCGCAAACUUCCAUACUGAAUAAUAAAAAAAGAACCGAAAAAAUAAUUAGAGUGAGUUUCGAGAUUUCGACAAAUAUUUGAAGAUCGAAUUGAACCGACAAAAUAAUUGACAAUUUCACAAACAUCAAGGAAAUGUAAUUAUUAAUAUAUUAUCAAAUUUAGUAUAUAGAUUAUUUGAAUAUUUUCAACAAGUUUUCUUAAACCUAAUAUCAACUACAUUUUCAUAAAUUUUCAUUGCAAUCUCAUGAAAAUUACACAAAACAAUAGCUUAUCUCAAUAUUUACAAAAUUAUAUUCUUAUAUUAUAUAAAUGCCCUCUAUAUCCACAUAAUUUUAUCCUUUUUGCCUUUUUAGAUUAAUAUUUAAAAUUCGUUCCCCUUUGUCACCUUCACUUUCACAACCCCAAACAAAACGCAGAAAGAAAAAUCAGCAAAAAAUGGCGCAGUUAUCGGAAACGUACGCCUGCGUGCCGUCGACGGAGCGCGGCCGCGGCAUCCUACUAUCCGGCGAUCCGAAAUCAAACUCGAUCCUCUACUGCAAUGGCCGAUCCGUCAUUAUCCGGCACCUGGACCGCCCGCUGGAGAUGCAGGUGUACGGGGAGCACGCGUACCCCGCCACCGUGGCGCGUUACUCCCCGAACGGCGAGUGGAUCGCGUCGGCGGAUGUCUCGGGCACGGUUCGGAUCUGGGGAAGCCGCAGCGAGUUCGUGCUGAAGAAGGAAUUCCGAGUGCUUUCGGGUCGGAUCGACGAUCUCCAGUGGUCGCCCGAUGGUCAGCGGAUAGUGGCGUCCGGCGACGGCAAGGGCAAGUCGUUCGUGCGAGCAUUCAUGUGGGACUCAGGAACUAAUGUUGGAGAAUUCGAUGGACAUUCAAGAAGAGUUUUAAGCUGUGCAUUUAAGCCAACGAGACCAUUUCGCAUUGUAACAUGUGGGGAGGACUUUUUGGUUAAUUUUUAUGAAGGACCUCCAUUUAAGUUCAAGCUAUCUCACAGGGAUCAUUCAAAUUUCGUAAAUUGUGUUCGCUUUUCUCCAGAUGGGAGCAAAUUCAUUACUGUGAGCUCUGACAGAAAGGGAAUAAUAUAUGAUGCCAAAACUGGUGACAUAAUCGGGGAAUUGUCGUCUGAGGAUGGCCACAAAGGUAGUAUAUAUGCAAUUAGUUGGGGUCCUGACAGUAAGCAGGUGUUAACAGUAUCUGCUGAUAAGUCUGCAAAACUAUGGGAAAUAUCCGAGGAUAAUAUUGGAAAAGUGAAGAAAACCUUGACUUGUUCAGAUUCUGGUGGAGUAGAUGAUAUGUUAGUUGGCUGUCUCUGGCAGAACGAUCAUAUUGUCACUGUUUCCCUUGGCGGCACGUUAUAUUUGUACUCAGCCAGUGAUCUUGACAAGGCUCCAUUGAUAUUGUCUGGACACAUGAAGAAUGUCAGUUCUCUAAUGGUGCUGAAAAACCCCAAAGUUAUAUUAUCCAGCAGCUAUGAUGGUUUAAUUGUCAAGUGGGUUCAAGGUAUUGGAUACCACGGGAAAUUAGAGAGGAAGGUGGUUUCUCAAAUCAAAUGUUUGGCUGCUGUUGAUGAAGAAAUCGUUUCAUUUGGAUUUGACAAUAAGGUGUGGAGAAUUCCUCUACAAGGAGACCAAUGUGGGGAAGGAGAGUGCAUCGAUAUUGGCAAUCCACCAAAGGACGUGAGCCUCGCCCUUCUUUCUCCAAACAUCGCAUUAGUUUCUACUGAUAAUGGUGUCAUCAUCCUCGAUGGUGGAAAAGUUGUGUCCACCAUUGACCUAGGCUUCCCGGUGGCUGCUUGCGCUAUUGCACCUAAUGGCAAGGAAGCUAUUGUUGGCGGUCAGGACGGGAAAUUGCACGUGUAUUCCAUCACUGGCGACACCUUGAAAGAAGAAGCAGUGCUCGAGAAGCAUAGGGGAGCUAUAACUGUCAUCCGGUAUUCUCCAGAUGUUUCCAUGUUUGCAUCAGCGGACGCUAAUCGAGAAGCUGUCGUCUGGGAUGCUGCUUCACGUGAGAUAAAGCUUAAAAACAUGCUUUACCACACCGCACGAAUUAACUGCCUUGCUUGGUCUCCCGAUAGCACCAUGGUUGCUACUGGCUCACUCGACACUUGUGUAAUCAUAUACGAAGUGGAUAAGCCUGCAUCGAGUCGUAUAACUAUAAAGGGAGCUCAUCUAGGUGGCGUUUAUGGAUUGGUUUUCAUUGAUGAACGCAAUGUAGUCAGUUCUGGUGAGGAUGCUUGUGUCCGUGUAUGGACGGUAACACCUCAGUAAGUAACUAAUGGGCAAAUUAUUCAGUCUUUUAGUUUUUCGAUUCAUGGUUUUCUCUGAAUAUGAUUUGGGGAAAAAAAGGGUCGUGUUUAGCGUUAUUUUUCUUUCUCUACGCCAAUGCCAAGUGCAGAUGCAAACGAUAAUUUGGUGGUGCACAAUGGAUUCUCGUCCUAGAGGAUUCGGGCCCUUUCCCUUUGUUUUUUGUUUGUUUUUAUUGAUGUGUUAUGUUUUUUGGUGUUUCUGGGUUCUCCCCCUUUUGCUUUGGUGCAUGUUAAGACUUGAGAGGACGAUUUGUAAUUUUGUUUCAACUCUUGGUUUUUUGGCAGUGCUGUAAUUAAUUUCUCGAGUGAUGUAAGUGAAAAAAUUCACCAUUUUUCUUGAUUCGGUUCUCAUAUGUCCACCAAACUCAUUUAGUUUGUCAGAGUCAAUGCAAUUAUUUUUUUAACCAACUUUUCU